AUGCUGGCCUCGACGAGAACCGCUACGAGGGCGCUCAACACCGCCCGCCCCCUGCUCCGCCAGAGCUUCCGCGGCGUCGCAACCCAGGCUGCUGGCCCGAGUCGCAACGAGUACUCGCGACGCAAUGGACGCUGGGCGUUCGGCGCCGCCGCCCUCGCCCUCCCGGAGAUCAAGCUCGACUCGUCGGUCGAGACGCCCCGCGACCAGCUUCCGAUUAUUCACCCGUCCGAGAUCGUUAAGCGCAAGACCGGCCCUGAGGUUUGGGUCGUCAUCGACGGCCUCGUCUAUGACAUGUCUGGGUUCGUGGAGGGCCACCCCGGUGGUGCGGACAUCAUCAUGCACAACCGCUCCUACGACGUGACCCCUUUGUUCAAGCCGCGACACCCUUCCGACCAGCUCCUCCCCGGCCACCUCCCGGACUCAGUGCGCGUUGUUGGUCGCGUCGUCGGUUCUCCCGAGGAGCUCCACGAGAUCGCCCUGCCGAUCUCGAAGGCUGAGCUCGAGGAGAUGGAGCGUGUCGAGAAGGCGCGCAAGGAGAUGGAGGAGAAGGGCCUCGGUGGCGUUAUCAACAUGAAGAGGCUCGCCGAGAACAUGGUCAGCAAGGUCUGCUGGGCCUACUACGCUUCCGCAGGUGACGACGAGAUCACCAAGAAUGCCAACGGCUCUGUCUACCAAAAGGUCCUUUUCCGCCCCCGCGUCCUCCGCAAGGUUCGCGAUGCCGACGCCUCGACCGAGCUCAUGGGCUGCCCCUCGUCUCUCCCCAUCUACAUCGCCCCCGCCGCCAUGGCCAAGCUCGGCCACCCCGACGGAGAGCUGAACCUCACCCGCGGCGCCGGCACCACCGGCAUCAUCCAGGGCAUCUCCUCGAACGCCUCGUGCAGCAUGGACGAGAUGCUCGCCGAGCGUGAGGAGGGUCAGCCGCUCUUCUACCAGCUCUACGUCAACCGUGACCGUGCGCAGGCCGAGGAGCUCGUCAAGAAGAUCAACAAGGGCAAGUUCAACGCCAUUAUGCUCACUGCCGACGCCCCCGUCGGUGGCAAGCGCGAGCGUGACCUCCGCCUUAAGGGUGACUUUGAGGGACCCGCUGGCGGUGUCUCCAUCAAGUCGGACGACGCCAAGGGUGUCUCCCAGGCCAUGUUCGCCGGCGUCGACCCUGACCUCAACUGGGACGACAUCAAGUGGCUCCGCGGCAUUACUGACAUUCCUAUCAUGGUAAAGGGUAUUCAGACAGUCGAGGACGCCCUUAUGGCCUACAAGGCCGGCUGCGACGGUAUCGUUAUCUCGAACCACGGUGGACGCCAGCUCGACACCACCCGUCCCUCGCUUGACGUCCUCCUUGAGAUCCGCAAGCACGCCCCCCAGCUCCUCCGUCCUGAGUUCCGUGCCCCCACCGGUCUCUCGAAGGAGGCUCUUGAGCAUCCCGACCGCCUGACUCCCCCCGACGCUCCGGGCAAACAGGAGCGCAAGUUCGACAUUUUCAUCGACGGCGGUGUCACCCGCGGUACUGAGGUCGUUAAGGCUCUCUGCCUCGGCGCGAACGGUGUCGGUGUCGGCCGUGGAUUCCUCUAUGCCCAGUCUGUUGCCGGCGAGGAGGGAGUCGAGCACGCCGUCGGUAUCUUCAAGUCCGAGAUCGAGCUCACCCUCCGUCUCCUCGGCGCCAACAAGAUCUCGGACCUCAGGCCGUCCAUGGUCGAGGUCACCGAGCAGCCGCCUGUCCGCUGGUAA